ACACAAUGCUCUUCCGUACUGCGGCCCGCCAGGCUGCGCCUCUGCGUCGCCAGGCCUUUGCCCCUUUGACCCGUCGCUCCGUCACCACCGACGCCGCUUCGUCGCACGCCGAGAACAUCCCGCAGGAAGAUGACAAGCCGUUCACCGUCCGUCUCUCCGACGAGAGCUUCGAGACUUAUGAGCUCGACCCUCCUCCUUACACUCUGGAGACCACCAAGAAGGAGUUGAAGCAGAUGUACCACGACAUGGUCUCUAUGCGCCGCAUGGAGAUGGCCGCCGACCGCCUGUACAAGGAGAAGAAGAUCCGUGGUUUCUGUCACUUGUCGACUGGCCAGGAAGCUGUCGCCGUCGGUAUUGAGCACGCUAUCAACCGCGAUGACAAGGUUAUCACCGCCUACCGUUGCCACGGUUUCGCCUUGAUGCGCGGUGCUACCGUCAAGUCCAUCAUUGGUGAGCUGCUCGGCCGCCGUGAGGGCAUUGCCUACGGCAAGGGUGGUUCCAUGCACAUGUUCGCUCCCAACUUCUACGGUGGUAACGGUAUCGUCGGUGCCCAGGUGCCCGUCGGUGCUGGUCUCGCCUUCGCCCAGCAGUACAACGAGCAGCCCAACACCUCCAUCGUCCUGUACGGUGACGGUGCCUCCAACCAGGGUCAGGUCUUCGAGGCCUUCAACAUGGCCAAGCUGUGGAACCUGCCCGUCCUGUUCGGUUGCGAGAACAACAAGUACGGUAUGGGUACCUCCGCUGCCCGCUCUUCCGCUCUCACCGAGUACUACAAGCGUGGUCAGUACAUCCCCGGUCUGAAGGUCAACGGCAUGGACGUCCUGGCCACCAAGGCCGCCGUCCAGUACGGUAAGGACUACGCCGUCUCCGGCAAGGGUCCUCUCGUCUUCGAGUACGUCACCUACCGCUAUGGUGGUCACUCCAUGUCCGACCCUGGUACCACCUACCGCAGCCGUGAGGAGAUUCAGCGCAUGCGCUCUACCAACGACCCCAUUGCCGGUCUCAAGCAGAAGAUGAUCGAGUGGGGUGUUACCUCCGAGGAGGAGCUCAAGAGCAUUGACAAGGCUGCCCGCGCCCACAUCGACGCCGAGGUUGCCGAGGCUGAGAAGAUGGCCGUCCCCGAGGCCACCCCCCGUAUCCUCUUCGAGGACAUCUACGUCCGUGGUUCCGAGCCCCGCUGGAUGCGUGGCCGUACCGUCGACGAGACCUUCUACUACUAG